AUGGAGUGUAACGUUCCUUCAGGGUCAUCUUCAAAGACAAAGGGUGUGAAGAAAAGCAAAGGAACAUCGUCGGUGAAACUUUCAACUGAUCCACAAAGUGUUGCAGCUAGAGAAAGAAGACAUAGGAUCAGUGACAGGUUCAAGAUUCUUCAGAGUAUGGUCCCUGGAGGAAGUAAAAUGGAUACUGUUUCUAUGUUGGAAGAAGCUAUUCAUUAUGUUAAGUUUCUUAAGACACAGAUUUUGUUUCAUCAAACAAUGAUUAACUUUGUUGAUCAUGAUAGUGAUCAUCAUGAGGCUUUUUCGCCGAUGUUCCUUCCAAAUGAUAACACCAUUGAUCAGCAUAAUGUUUUAGGUUCAGUUGAAUCUGGCCAGAAUUUGCAACAGUUGCCACUAGAGCAGUUUUGUUUUCAACAAGGUGAUGAAGAUGUCAAAACCAUGUUUAAUGCUACUAGGAAAUAUUAG